CUAAUUUAGUUCUUGGUGAUUUUUUUUUCAGAAAGUCUUAAAAUGCUCUAAUAACUACAGAUGUUCAUUCAUACCUUUUAAUGCAUUUAUGAAUGCACUUAGCUGUAUAUGCACUUCUCUUUGAGUUCAAUUAAAAUUCAUUUGCUGAAAGUUACGUAAGCAGCACUCUCCAAAUACGAACGCGGAAAUGGCGCAAAAAAACGUGAACAAUUUCUAAUUUGAGGUUUGUUUUGUGUUGAUAAACAUGGAUGAGCCCUCACAAAAACGCGCUCGAAUUGAACCAGAAGCUGAAUUGAAGGCCUCUCAAAUUGAAGAUGUCGAAUGUCUUGCAUCAUGUGAAAAAACGCAAAACAUAGAAAACAAAAUUGAUAAAUCAACAGUAGAUUUUGUGACUACCGAAAAAAUGAAUAUUACUUCGAAUGACGAUGAAUCUAUUUUGAGUAAUGACAAAGAAAAUUUGCAUGUUACUGAAGCACAGUUAAACCAAACGGACAAAUCAACCGAUUUUCUGAAUGAAGAAUGUGAAAAAAUUGCUAACAAUCAUGCGUUUUCUGCCAGCAAAGCGGACCAAAAAGCUCAACAUUUGCAAACGGCAACUUCUUCUGAAAAGAAAACGACGGUUGAAAACAACGAAAGUUUGAAUGAAGUUACAUGCGUGGAAAACGUCAGCAACGCUGAACUUGUUUAUGAAAAGAAUUAUUCGGCAUUUAAUCUUACAAGUGAAAAAAAUGUGACCAAAUCGGAAUGUACAGAAAAGAGCAAUAAAGAUGAAGAGAAAAUAAGUUCAACUUCGGAAAUCAAAAUUUCAACCAAUGAUGAAACUGAUUCGGUUGAUGACGAUGAGAUAGUUACGAUGGAAGAUUUUUUGGCAGACUACGAUGAAGUAUCGUCCAUGUUUGGUGGUUUACGAGAUGAUGAAUGCACGUAUAAACUGGGAGCUAUGACUAGACAGCCUUUAUAUGCAUGUCUAACUUGUGUGAAAGAUAAAACUGAGCCAGCUGCUUGUUGCUAUGCGUGCUCCAUUAAUUGUCAUGGAGACGAUGAUAAACACGAAGUAAUAGAAAUGUACACGAAGAGAAACUUCACGUGUGAUUGUGGAAAUGAGAAGUUUAAAGAGAAGUGCAAAUUGAAUGCAGAAAAGAAGCCAGUCAAUAAUGGAAAUCAUUACGAUCAAACGUUCAUGGGAAAGAACUGCAAGUGUCAUCGACCGUACCCUGACGAUGCCCCAGACGCAUGUUCCGAUGACAUGAUCCAAUGCAUAGUAUGCGAAGAUUGGUUCCACUUAACCCAUCUGAAAUUACACGAAGAUGAUAAAGAGAAAACGGAGUCUGAUUUUGCAGAGUUGAUUUGUGAUGGUUGCAUGGGUGGAAAUGCGAGGUCAUUGGUGUGUUAUUACGAGAAAUUGAGAGCUUUUGCACCUGGAGAGUUGCCAACUGUUGAUGAAACUGAAUCUCAGAAAUCUGAUGUCAAAACUUGUUCGCGUCCUGAAACUUAUGCAACAUACGAAUCAAGUGAAGAGCCGUUCGCUACAUUUUGGAAGUACGAAUGGCGCAAACAUAUCUGCAGAUGCACUUCAUGCUUGAACGAUUUGCAACUGAACGGAAUUCUGUUUGUCUCGGACUGGGACGAUUCAAUGUUGGAAUACGAAAGACGAGCGAGAAAAGCCGACAAGGAAUCAAGUUUAUUCGACCUUGAAUUAGAGCUUAAGUUAUAUCUAUUAUCAAUUUAAGUCGGAUCUAUUUAA